GGGCUAAUGAGGAGGGGCGCCGCGCGCCAAACUUUGUUAUCCCCGCGACUCAGAAUCCAUGUUAUUGCACCAGCAUAUCGAGCACCAGUUGAAAGUAAACAGUAAUUGAAGUCGCGUGCUAAAUUACUCACGCCUUCCUCGGUUUACCAACAGAUCACGGAUGUGCAUUUGCGUGGUCCAUCUGCAAGCUCGAAGAGAACCCGGCUCUGCAAUGUCAGGCUUUGACAACAUCAACACAGACUUCUACCAGACCAGCUACAGCAUAGAUGACCAAGGGCAAGCUGCGUAUGGCUACAGUAACGCUGAAGAUCCCUACAACAAGCCCUACAACCAGUAUGAGUACGCCCAGCAAGGGGGGUACGCUGCGCCCCCCCCAGGGAUGAUACCGCCCCAGCAGCCUUACACGGGACAGAUCUACCAGCCCACGCCGGCCUUCACCCCCGCCUCCACCCAGUCCGUCUACGGCAGCAGCUUUGACGAGGAGCCCCCCCUGCUGGAGGAGUUGGGGAUCAACUUCGACCACAUCUGGCAGAAGACGCUGACGGUGCUGCACCCCCUGAAGGCGGCGGACGGCAGCAUCAUGACGGAGACGGACCUGGCGGGGCCCAUGGUCUUCUGCCUGGCCUUCGGAGCCACGCUGCUGCUGGCGGGGAAGAUCCAGUUUGGCUAUGUGUACGGUAUCAGUGUCAUGGGCUGCCUGGGCAUGUACUGCCUGCUGAACCUGAUGAGCAUGACGGGCGUGUCCUUCGGCUGCGUGGCCAGCGUGCUGGGCUACUGCCUGCUUCCCAUGAUCCUCCUCUCCAGCUUCGGCGUGGUCUUCUCCCUGCAAGGCAUGCUGGGAAUAGUCCUCACAGCCCUCAUCAUCGGCUGGUGCAGCCAAUCGGCGUCCAAGAUCUUCAUCUCGGCCCUGGCCAUGGACGGGCAGCAGCUGCUGGUGGCGUACCCCUGCGCCCUCCUGUACGGGGUGUUCGCCCUCAUCUCCGUCUUCUGAGGGGGGGGGCAGGGGGCGCGGGGGUGGGGACCAGGACCAGGACCGGGACCGGGACCAGGAUCGGGAAACAGCCCACAGACCCACAGACCCACAGACACGGUUAAACUGUAGGACAGGAAGAGCAGGUGUGCCCCCAUCCCCACCCCACCCCACCCUACUCCACUCCACUCCACCACCCCUAAAAUGAGGGGGGAGGGCACCAAAACUGUCCCACACAUUCCAGCUUUUCUGGCCGCCCGAACGGUCAGCUCCAACGUCACGAACUUUCCCUGGUGUUUCUGGGGCCCAACGUAACACAACACAACGUAACACAACGUCAGAGUGAACUCCGCCGUAUCGCACGUACAGUAUGAAAGCGUACGUUACUGUAUAAUUCUGUCCGCUUGGAGCGAUGUGGCCUUCGGUAAUGGUUUCCACCUGUGCUGUGUAAAUCUGGAGAUCCAGGGGUGGUGUUCACUCUCGCCAACGUAGUGCUUUAUCUUUUAGUCAUUCCUGGCGUUUUUUUUUUUCUUUUUGUUUCAGUAAUUCCAGCUCGUAGUUGUAUCAGAAUCUGAAAUUGGUAGCCCGUGCACAAGACCCUAAAAUAUUUAAUAAGACAGCUUCUUGUGGUGGUUAGAUGAAAUUGGCAGUUCAUUUUGAGAAUUUGUUAACAUUGCAGGAUAACAAGUUUUGUUCUAUUUACUGUCGAAGCAAAUAGUCAUGUUUGACAGCUGUUUCUCUCAUUUGGGGUUUAGCAUGACCUGGAAACAAAUUAGGUAUUUUAUUUUAAUGUUCCGCAAGAAGCGAAACAACCCAAAACAAAUUAACCAAAUUCUAAUUUCUUUAUACUCCUUUCCUUCAGUGUUCAUGCUCAAUGUUUCAAAUGAACAUUCCUUUUACAGUGUCCCUCAUUUCUCUGGAGUUUAUCUGCCUUAGCCUGGUAGGAUGAGACCUGUGUGUGCAUGUGUGUGUGUGUGUGCAUUUGUGUGUGCGUGUGUCUGUGUGCAUUUGUGUGUGCGCGCGUUUGUGUGUGCACAUGUGUGUGCGUGUGUCUGUGCGUGUGUCUGUGUGCAUUUGUGUGUGUGCGUGUUUGUGUGUGCACACAUGUACGUGUGUGUGCGUGCGCGUGUGUGUGUACAUUGGUGUGCAUGCGUGUGUGCGCGUGUUUGUGUGCACACAUGUACGUGUGUGUGUACAUUUGUGUGCAUGCGUGUGUGUGUUCGUUUACUGGCGGUGGAGAGGAUCAGGCUGCUCACACACAGGGAGCGAACUGUACGACCUCACUUUGAGUUUGUAUUAAAGAGACACAUUGUGAAGACA